AACAACUAACAUACAUUCGUCUUCAUAAUUCUACCGCUGUAAUACACCUGAGUACACAUCACCUGAGUUUCUUUCUUUACGGCGGAUAUUGUGAAUUUUAUCAUGGCAGAUUCCUCAAACUCAAAUAUGGACAAUGUGGUCAAAUCAUCCACUGAAAGUGGUUCAAGUAGUGAAGCAUCCACUUUCACUGAUGAAAAGGCUGAUAAAAAGGUCAAAAAGUUUCAACCCGCUCUAUUAGACGCUGCUAAACGUCGUCAUUUUCUUCAUGAGAUGGUGAAAAGCUUCCCGCAAUCAAUAAAAGACCGUAUAACAGUUUUGAAGAAUAUUCAGUUAGAACAAAUUGCGAUUGAUUCUGAAUUCUACAAGGAACUUAUUAACUUAGAUAUUAAGUACGCUGCUAAAUAUAAGAAGUUUUACGAUCAGAGAUGUAAAAUAAUUUCUGGUAAGUUUGAUCCACCAAAGCAAGUGGCCAACUGGAAGGGAGCCGUAUUUGUUGAAAAUGCAAAAGGCGACUAUAAAUUUGAUGAUGUUUUGAAGGAAUACAAGAAAAUAUCAAAUAACACUAUCGGCAUACCCUUUUUUUGGCUCACUGUGUUGCGCAAUGUGGAUGUGAUUGGCCACUUGAUACAGAAACAUGAUGAACCACUCUUAAGGAAACUGACUGAUAUUAAAGAAAAAUAUAAUAACGCAAACUCUUUUACUAUUGAAUUUCAUUUUGAGAACAACGAUUACUUCACGAAUAAGGUUCUCACAAAAAAAUACACUUGGAGUUUUAAGCCUGAUAAAAAUAUGUCAUUACAAUAUGGAGGGCCUCUUAUAUGUAAAAGUGAAGGAUGUUGCAUUAAUUGGAAAAAAGAUAUGGAUAUAACAUUAGAAACAGUGAAGAAUACUUCUAUAGAUGACACCAAUGAAAUGGUAUUUAAAAAUAUUCCACGCCUUUCUUUUUUCCAUUUUUUCAAGUCACCGUUUGUACAAGAAUCAGAAUCCAUUGAUAAUGAUAUGAAGGAGAUCUUAAAUAUGGAUUAUGAUUUAGGCCUAAUGCUUCGUUCACGUAUCAUACCUAGAGCUGUUUUAUAUUUCACCGGUGAACUGUCUGAAUUUAAUCGAUCGUCAGAUUAUAAAGAUCAGUCAGAAAAUGAUGACUCAGAUGAUUGGGAUGAUUCAAAUGAAUCACAUAGUUCAAAUGAAGAGGACGCUGCUGGAAGUGCAUCUGCUACUACUUUCGGUGGUGUUUGAUUUGGUGAAACCCAUUUUUAUUUUAUUAAACAUCUUUUGUUUCAAUAAUAUUUUCAAUAGA